GAGAAGGUUAUAUUAUGGUACCAGUAUGUUAUGGGUGUGGUACCGGCCUCGUUUACACGGCUACGACAGUGUGCGUUGGUCAAUAUUUCCACAAGAGAAGGCCCAUGGCUCUUGGUAUUACUACAGCAGGAAUGGCCCUGGGUCAAAUUGUUUGUCCACCUCUGUUCCAAUUCCUGAUAGACACAUACACGUGGAGAGGUUCUGCUUUCAUGGUCGCCGGUCUGUGUCUGAAUAACUGCGUUUUUGGUACAAUCAUGAAACCGCCUACGGGACUUUACAAUACGGAUCGUGAAGCAGAUGGUUCCAGAAGUACCCAUGUUAGAGACCCAAGAGAAACUAAGUGCAUCACAAAUAAUGGUUCCGGUCAUUUAAAAAAAGAAAGUUACCAGAUACAUACAGACGUAACCAAAAUAGACGACGGAUUACAAAAAGAUAUGCCAAACGAAGUCAUAGCGGAGAAUUCAAAUACUCAUUGCUACGAUGACGGUUCCAAGCAUACAGACCUGCCAGCUCGUCUGGUGAAUGGAAACAAGCACAGCACGCUCGGGUCGUCUGCGUUUCUCAGCUUGUCGUCUGCAGCUUUCAGUAGCAUGGCGUCAAACCUCUCCCAACUUUUUGCUUCAAACAAUCACAUCGUUGUUGCAGAAGACAGGACCAAUUUUGGUUGCAUGGCAUAUGUAAGGGGUCUCUUAGACAUUCGCCCAUUAAAGAGUGCAGCGUUCAUUUCCUUCAGCAUUUCGGUGUUCUUCUUUGCCGCAGCUUACGUCACAUGCGGGGUUCACCUUAUCGCCUACACGGUACAGCAUGGAACCUCCCCUCUGCAAGCGGCAAUAUUGCUAUCAGUCUACGGCGCGGGAAAUUUGUUCAGUCGUCUACUUGCCGGGGCAGCUACCAACGACAAAGAGCACGUGGACCAGGUUACUUUGGGCGCCGGUGUUAUGGGGAUCUCGGCGUUGCUGUCUUUCUGCUUACCGUUGUUCAUACACAGUUACUGGUCUCAGGUUUUGUUUGCCGCACUCUACGGAAAUUAUUCAACUGUCAUAUUACCACUGUUCACUACCAUUACAGUUGAGACGGUGGGAUUGUCUUCUUUGGGAGCUGGGUUUGGAUAUUUGAUGGUGUUGAAUGGUAUCGGCUGUGCGGUUGGUCCGCCAAUAGCAGGUUAUCUAUACGAUCUCACCGGCGACUAUUCAUAUUCGUUUUAUCUUGCAGGUAUUCUGUUCAUAGGGGGAUCACUCAUGCUACUGGCCAUUCCAGUUCUAGAAAGCAGACGACACCAAAUGGAAGAGAAACGAGAACAUAGGUGUUCAUAGGCAUCUUCUCGCUAUGAAACAUACAGUGAAUUACUUAUGUAGCGUUAGUGCACAUAAAUUUAGAAUCCUCAGAAUCCUUUCAAGCUGACUUAUGGAAUUGUGGGGUUUUAUUUGAGUUAAUUUUGUCGUUUAAGAAAAUAAUGGCAAUGAAUAAUGUGCGUUCCUGGAAAUUCAUGAUCGCUUUAUAAAUAUCUUUUAGGAUUUAAAGAGUAUUUUUACACAAUUCAAUACGCAAGUUCUUUGAAUGAAUUCAAAAUAUAAUUG